UUGUUGCCGGAAGUGUCAGGUCCUGCGCCGCACGCUGAAUGAAAGACCCCAAUCUCGAUCUCGUUGUUUAUUGAAGUCUUAAAAUUUCACUUUCCCCGUAAACCAAACACGGAUCCGCUCCAAAACUGCCCGGUGCUUGUGUUGCUCGCCUGUCUGCUCGCUGCUUUUGUGGAGGGGCGUCUGGAGAUGUGCACGCAGACCAAAGCAGCGGCUCUCAUGGCCAACAUCCCCCGGGCUGACAUCGACCCGUCCGGGGUGUUCAAGUACGUGCUCAUCCGGGUGCACAGCCGGGAGGAGGGCGACGACUCCGAGAUCGACAUCGUGAGGGGGUACGGCUGGGCAGAGUACCACGCGGACAUCUAUGAGAAGGUGUCAGAGGAACUGGAGAAGGACAGUGUUCUGGACUGUGAGUGCAUCGGAGGAGGACGCAUCAGACAUGAGCCAGAGGCCAAGAAGAUCCACGUCUACGGAUACUCCAUGGGAUACGGCCGGGCGAACCACGCAGUCACCACAGAGAAAUUAAAGGAGCGUUAUCCUGACUACGAGGUCACCUGGUCCAACGAGGGAUACUGAAGCCUGGAGGGGACAAAGUUCACAAUGACUUCAUACUUAUCAACAGCACUCACAUUUACAGCUGCUACAAUAACAAAACUGAGCACUUGAAAUGGAACUUUUAGUCAGAACACAAACUCUCUGUAAACGCAAUAGCCUACAUUUAGUUUGGAUAAAUAUGAACAUUAUAGUUAUUUACCUGGUGAAAGGUUAAGUAACUGAAGAACUGGAAUAAAAAUAAAAGUGCCACAUCAUUUUUCAAACCCAUAAAAAUUUCAUAAAAAAUAAGGUAGUUAUUGACUAAUAAUUCAUAACAUUUAUAAUUGUUAAACAAAAACGUUUUAAAGGUUGGAUGGAGGAUUUUUGUUUUGUUUCAUAUUGUCAAUAAAAGUUUAAAAUACCCUUACAGAAAUGCAGCAGCCUUGUAAUUAUGUUGAUUAAAGAAAAAAGAAUGAAAAUCUGUCAUCUGUGGACAUAGUGAGGCCAGAUAAACAUCAGUCAAUAGAAAACGAGGCUCCCUCUUUUUCUAUUGGCUGUUAGGUUGUCAGUCAAACUCCCUACAUUUUUAGUGUAACUGACUCGUCGGCGCUCGGGGAUUAUGUGGUUUAUGCAGCGGUUCUUUGAGGCUUUUUCAAACUGUCGCUUCCUCGCAGUUCGCACAAAGUUUGUUGCGAUGGCGGACGAGAAUCCACGACCAGUUCGCCGCAAAGAAAAUCUGAAGGGUCUAAAAACUGACGCGCCGGUCGCUAAAAUAUUUCUAGGCAGGUCACUUUAACAGUAAUUCUGAACAUGCACUGGAUGUAAACAAAUGUGAUUUCUAGAGUAAAGAGGCAGGAGGAGGAGAUGUUUCUACUGAGGAAGGUGGUGUCGCACAUGCACAACAUUUGAAAAAGGACGGUCGCUGUAUUUCGCUUCCCUUAAAAUAUCCUCUAUACAACCUUUAAGUCAAUUUGUUAUAUAUCAUUGAUUAUGAGAUAGAAUUUACUUUAAAAUGAUUUGGAAUAUUUUUGUAAUAUUUCAGCAGUUACAACAGCUAAACUCAUGUCAGUGCAUCCUUGUAUUUCUCAGCCUUGGACCUGAUGGUGACUGAGCCUUUGACAAGAACCAUUUUGUUGAGAAAUUAAAAUGUGUGUUCCUAUAAACUAAAA